GAUUAAUCAACAUUCAAGUAAUCAACAGUUUUCUUACUAGAAACAAAUUUGUGUUGUAGACUUUUGUUUUGUUAAUUAUACAACAAUAGGCAUGGACAAACUUCAACAAAUAAUAGCCUGUGGUACAGGCCACAAGCGUCUUGAUGACGAUCUUUUUAAAACAGUCGAUGAAUUGUUAAGAAUUUAUAGGCGUGAAGGAAUUUUUGAAAUCGAAGAACAAGUCAACGAACCAGAGUAUGUUUUUAUUGUUUUACACCUUUCUGAAUGAUUUUAAUUAAUUAUGUUAUAUUUUUUCCUUUUUUUAUCUAGAAAAACUACCGAAUUUAAAUGCAGAGUGCAUGGUUGUAAAAAAGAUUUUACAUCAUUGUCUGCAUAUGAUUCACACUACAAUUCAAAUCAUCGUUUUACCUGCAUUUACUGUCGUAAAUUAUUACAAUCUGCUCAUUUUUUGGAUAUGCAUUUGAGUGAAACACACGAUAACUUUUUUUUGGCAUCUUCAAAUAAAAAGCCAAUGGUACUGUCAAAUAUAUUUAUAGACCAUUCCAAAGUAAAAUAUUAUACUGGUUUUCACAUUGCGACUGACAACUUAUUUCCCACUAUGCGGCCACUAGUAAACCAUUUAUUAUAGCAGAUGUGCUAAAACCUAAAACAAAUGAAAACAGUCAGACAGUGGGUAUUCCUUACUUUGGAACGGACUAUAUAAUAUAUAUAUAUAUAUAUAUAUAUUUGUGUAUUUAAAACAUUUUCAUCAUGAUAAUAUGUUUUUCAUUAUUACAGUAUAAAUGUUUUACUGAAACAUGUGAUAUACUGUUCUGGAAUUCGGUAGAACGAAAUGAUCACUGUAUUCAGAUUCAUAAAAUUCCAAAAACAUUCUUGCAACAGUUUAAGACCAAGUAUAAAUAAAAAAUAUAUUAUUAACAUAAAAAUAAAAAACAAAAUAUUACACAUUUUAUUUUUAGGAAAAAUAAGAAACCCAAACCGGAAAAAAUAGCACAGCCAUCAGGUUUAGAAGCAAUAUCAGAUUUGAGUAUGGUAGUAGAUUAAUAUUAAAAAAAAAAACUGAAAUGAAUAUAUUGGAGCUAAUUUUAUUUUAUUUUUUAUUUUUCUAUUUGUUUAUUUUGACACUUAAUAUAAGGCAUGACAUGGAAAGUAGGUUAUGUUUUAAUUGAGACAUUUUUAAUACUAUAUAAUUGUAUAAUCUAAACAUCAUUAAUAUCAUUAAUGAUACUAUUGAGCUUCGGCCUGUUUUACUUAACUGAUUAAAUUACUGAAUUACUAAAUUAUCAUUUGAAAUAAUAAAAUGAGAUUUUUAUUUUGUUAUAUGUAUUAAACUACUGAUUAAUGUAAACAACAUUUUUUAAAAAAAGAAUUAAAAGAUUAGGUAACAUAAUCAAGAUUAAAUUAUGAAUCAAUAAGUAGUUCACAAUAACAAAAUUAUUUUAUUUUAAAAGUUAAAUUACAAAAUAUACUUAUAACACUAUUAAAAAUUAUAGUAUAUUAUGUGUUUCCAUUUUUCUGAAGUUUUCAAUACAUACAAUUUUAAUUUUAAUAAUUUGUGGGUGCUUUACAAUACUAUUAUUUAUGUGGAGCUGAGUUUGUAACUAUAACCAUAUAUUUUGGUGUUUUGUGGUUCAAUUUGUUUGGCCCAGGAUAAUAUCUGUAUUAAAUGUGUUAAUUUAUGUUUCUCUUUUUAAUUGACUAAAAAAAAAUAAUUAAUCUCCAUUUCUUUAGUCUUAAUGUAUACAAUUCAAACCUUAAAUUUUGAUAUUAAAAUACAUUUUAUGUCAGUAUUUAAAAACAAAAAUAUAUUAUAAAUAUUACUUUGCAUAAGUAAAAAACUUUACUAUACAUUAAUAUAUUGAACUAUUCAUUGAAUUAAAAUCGAUUUUUCAAAUUAAAUUUCCAAACAAUUUUUUGGGGGAGGAUUUUCCAAUGAUUCUCUUUUGUGUCUAAAAAUAUAAAAUAUAAAUGAACUGAUUAUCCUACAUAAUAUUCUUAUCCAGAAGAAAAAUAAGUACUACUUGGUAUAUUUGGGGAAGGCUAAUGACUUUAAACUGGAAUACUUAAUAACUUCUCUGAUGACAUUUCAGUAUUUAAGAUACUCAUCCAAAAAUAUUCAAUUUUAUUCUGAAAACAAUAAUACUGGUACAUUAUAAAUUCAUUUGUUAUUAAAAAUGAUUACAAGUCAUUGAAACAUAAUGUAGGCGUUCCUUGUGUAUUUCAUUUUAGAAGGAACUAUUGGAAAAAAAAAAAAAGCGACUCUUCUGUCCAAGUCGUGUUGGUCAAGAUUCCUCAGAAAACUACAAGAAUUAUGGUUCCUUUCUUUAUUUCUUACUCUAUGUACUGAAUGAGCAAAUUAAAUGAUUAACAUCUCGUCAAUAUGAACCCUUCCUUAUAACCAAAUAUUAAUGUAUGUUAUUUGUAAAAUUUGUAACUUAUUUGUUAUUUGUCACUUUUUAAUUAAUUUCCUCAGUACUAUUAUUGUAAUGAGGACUUGAACAACGUUCAAGAUUUUAUUAGACUGUGGAAGUUUUUCUAGGCCACUUAUAUUUAAAACGCUAUACAAUUUUUCUGACUGAGAUUUCUAAAAGAAAAAAAUGUUGUGUUAACUAUACAAAUAACUAAUAUGAUAGUGGCAUGGCAAAGAUUUUUUUUAGAGGCGUAUUUUUAUUUUGUGUUUAGAUGUAACUUUUUAACUUUUUGUGCAAAUAUAGCAUAUAACAUACGUCACAUAUUAUAUUUAAUAAAUAUUUAUGUGUAAUACGUACAACACAUUUUGUAGAAAUCUGAUGCAUAACUGUAUAUACUUAGUAAAUAAAUUAGUUAAAUUUUUUGACAAAAUAUUGUCAAGGAGGAGUGUUUGAACACCAAAACAAUCCCUCUCAUCACUGAUGUAACACUUAAUAACCAUAAUAAUAUAUACAAUAAAUUAAUAAAAUUAAGUACCUAAAUAUAUAUUUAAUCCAUAUGUUUAAUGUAUAU